AUGGAUGGGCGGACGAGGUCGGCGGCAGGACCGGGGUUUCUUCUGGUGCACACUGCAGACUGCACAGCACAAGCGGGUUUGGCGCCUUCAGCUACAGAGCCAGAGCCAGCUAAGACAACGACAUCGACGACCAAGGUCAAGCCAAGCCGCCCUGCUGGAGACGUUGUGGGUGGAGAUGUCGGCCCGGAUGGUCGGAGCGUUCUCGUUCUGCGUUGUUCGUUGCUCGUCGGACCUGGUACUGUAGCUUUGGUGACGUCGGCGGCCGACACCAACUGGGUCCAUGUUCUCAAUAUCCUUGCCUUGCCUCGAAUAGCAAGGCGAGGCGUGGAGGUCGCGGACACGGGCGCGAUCGAGGAUACUCGGCUGUACAGUGUGGGACGAUGGCGCAAGCAACAAGGUGACCGGGCUGGGGCACCGGGGUGGAAAGCAUGGGCUGGGAUGGGGGACAAGGGUUCUGGAGCGACCAUGACGAGCUUGAGAGCACAGAGAAGACAUCGUCAGUGGUCAUCCUCCGUUGUGGUCCGUGGCAUGGCAUGGGCCAUUGCUGAAGACGUGGGAUUGAGACCGAGUUCGGGAUAG